CACCACUCACUGCGGGCAGAUCCAGCCUCUCCCUCUCGGACAUCGUGAAGAUGCACCGCACUCUCUCUCCCUGCAGCUGCACAUAUCCUCAUUUGAGACGAUCCCUGCCCCUGACACUUCACUCCUCACCCCGAUGCACGAUUGCGGCGCGGUUUCGUAUGGGGUGUUCGUCUACCCUUUUUAGCUGCUAUACUCCGCUCGUGUUCUAGUAACGCUUCUUUCUUACCAUUUCUAGCUUGAAGUUCUUAUGGAACUGCUGAGUACUACCGUAGUAUCCACCACGCCUGUAAUCCUCGGCGGCCUAUCACUAUUUCGCUACCAUGCCUGCAUCAGAGCAGGUCUCGAGAAGCAGCUACCAACCAAAGCCACCUAGGCUUCGAGCAGCAUGCAACCAAUGCAACACCGCAAAGGUUAAAUGCAGCGGCGAGAGAAGCGGAUGUGGUCGCUGCACAAGCAUCCACGUCGAAUGCGUCUACGCUGAAUCUAGAGUCGGCAAGGUCCAAGGAGUACGAACGAAACGGAAGAAGACUCAAGAAGACCCGCCCGGCCCUGACGACACUACUCGCUCGCGUUCCAAUUCCGUUCAAGUCCAGGACGAGGAUGCAGCUGAGGCGCAUGAAACGAUCACAGUCUCGGCAUCAGAUCUACCGUCCCCACAGCCGCACGUGCCCGGCCCCCGCGAUCAGACGCUCCCGGGCUGGACGCCCGACGGGUGGAACUGGAACGAAGCCUUGCUUUCGCUGGAGACGCCCGUGGGGAUGUUCGCCGAUGUAAGCGACACCCUGCAGAGCAUCUCGCGUGUCACUUCUGGCAUAGGAGACACCGAGCCUUCCUCUACGACUUCUAUAUCCGCUGGCGAGAGUAAUCUCCCCCCUCUCGAUCUUGACCGGAUUGGCAACGUAGCCACCGCAGCCUCUCCAAACACUACCCUACCAACCCCUCUAUCUCAGAUAUCCGCGCCGCUACUUCCAACUUCUUUGCUCUCUGCUCCAGCCGGAACGGCGCCCCUCCCAUCCGUAGAGCCCAGCCUCACCGAACUGCCACGGCUCAAGACCAACCUAGAUGGCAAAUGUGUAAUGGCCCUCACCAACAUCAUUAUCACCAUGGAACAAUACCUACUCUCGGAGCUGAAAGUGCUCGAUCUCGUCAUCAACACAGUCCGCUCCGUCACCAAUGAGAUGCGCAAGGUCUUGCAGUGCCAGCAAGAAUCACGAUGCGACCGCUGCAUCUUGCUCUUUCUCACCAUCAUGUACCAGGUCAUCACGCUGCUUGAGGCCGGCGCGAACUCCAUCUUCGAGGCAGAAGCCUCGGACCAUGAAGGCAGCGGCGGCAUGUCGGUCGACUUUACGCCCAAAUUCGGCUUCGGCGCCUUCUCCAUCAACGCCGAAGAGCAGCGCUCGUUGAAGCUCCACGUCAUACGCAAAGAAUGCCAGAAUGCGGGGGAGAUGCUGGCACAGAUCGUUGCACUGGCGAAGCUGGGGCCGAUGGGCUCGCCGCCCGCCACGCCGGAGCAGGUUGAGGAAAGGGCUAAGUGCUUCAACGUGGUGCAGCGCAGGCUGAAAGAUUUGAGCGACAAAGCAUGCUCAAUUAACUGAAGUCCUUUUCAUUUACGUCUGAUACCCAUCCCGCGACCGAGCAGUUUUCCUCAUGUUCUGAAGGUUAAUCCACUUGUUCCUUCCCGACGUGGUUUGCAAUGACCGAUUUUUUAUCCUGUCCGCUGUAUUGAAGAGGUGAGUCUCACGUGGCGCGUACAGCUCUAGUGCUGAUGGGGCACAUAAAACUUUCACGGGUUUUUCGUUACUAUCGUAAGUGGGGUGAAACAACAUUAUUUGGAACAUGAAUAGAUAUAGGUCUCUCAAAG